AUGGUUGCAGUUGGUGAUUUCAACAACGAUCAUCGGCAGGAUAUAGCUGUUGCAAAUUUUGGUACCAAUAGCAUAGGUAUAUUCUUGGGAUUUGGAAAUAGCUCUUUUGCUAAUGAAACAUUGGUAUCGACUACAUCAUCUCAUCCACUCUAUAUACAUUUAGUUGAUCUCAAUAAUGAUACAUUACUUGAUCUUAUUACUGCUAAUUAUGGUACUGACAGUAUUAGUGUAUUCUUUGGAUACGGGAACGGAAGCUUUUCAUGUCCGAUAACAUAUUUUACAGGUUAUGAUUCUUUACCAUUUUCAGUCGUAGCUGGAGAUUUUAACAAUGACUAUCAGUUGGAUCUUGCCAUCGCCAAUUAUGGUACAAGUACUGUCGAUAUACUUCUUGCCAAUGGUACUGGAAAUUUUCUAUAUCAUAAGAAAUUUUCAACUGGUAUCAACUCUCAUCCGUACUCGAUUGUUCUGAGCCAUUUUAACGAUGAUACUUUUCUGGAUAUUGCCGUCGCUAACUAUGGAACUCAGAAUGUAGGUGUACUUCUAGGUACGGGCAACGGAAGUUUUGCAAGUCAAACUACAUAUUCGCUUGGUACUGCGUCUCCAUAUUCAAUUGGCGUUGGGGAUUUCAAUAAAGAUACACGAUUGGAUGUCGUCAUAACUAAUAGAGGCUCUAAUAACAUAGGUGUACUACUGGGACAUCGUAAUGGAUCUUUUUCUAAAGCAACAUUAUAUUCAACUGGAUCGCUAUCAUCGAUCUCAGUCGAUGUUGGUGACUUCAACAAUGACAAUCUAUUAGACAUUGCUGUUAUCAGUAAUGAUACUAGCAGUAUAAGUAUUCUCUUUGGUUAUGACGAAGGUUUUCAAGCUCCAAUCAUUAGUGCAAUAGGCUCUAGUGUCAAUUCUGUAGUUGUUGGUGAUUUUAAUAACGAUGCUCAACUAGAUAUCGUUGUACUUAAUGACAAUGAUAUGCAUGUCAGUUUAUUUCUUGGAUAUGGCAAUGGCUCUUUUGCAAAUCAAACGACUUAUCCAACUAAGAUUUGGCCAACGGAUAUAGUUGUCGGUGAUUUCAAUCACGAUACUCACUUGGAUAUCGUCGUCGUUAAUUUUAAUGAUGCCAGUCUAACUAUACUUCUAGGAUUUGGUAAUGGCUCCUUUGAUAGUGAAAUCACAUAUUCAACUGGCUCUAAUCCAUCUUUUGUAGCUGUCGGAGAUUUCAACAAUGAUAAUGAACUUGAUAUCGCCGUCAUUGAUGCUAAUGACAAUCAUAUCAGUAUACUUCUCAGCUAUGGCAACUGUUCUUUUUCGAAUGCAACAACGUAUGCAAUUGGUUCUUCUCCACAAUCUGUGACUGUUGCUGACUUCAACAAUGAUAAUCGGUUGGAUAUUGCUCUGAUUGAUGCUAAUGACAGCACUAUAGGUGUCUUUCUGGGAUAUGGCAACGGUUCUUUUCUGAAUCAAAUAACCUCUUCAAUUAGUUCUAACCCAGAAUUUUUAGCUGUUGGUGAUUUCAACAACGAUAAUCAACUGGAUAUCGUCGUGGGAAAUACUCUUGACACCAAUAUUCAUAUUUUUCUUGGAUAUGCCAAUGGUUCUUUUGGAAAUUCAAUCAAGUAUCACAUUGGUUUCUCUCUGUUUCAUAUAGCUGUUGGUGAUAUGAACAACGAUACUCAACUGGAUAUCGUCGUUACUCUUUCUAUUGAAAACAACGUAGGUGUGCUUCUUGGAUAUGGCACUGCCUCUUUUGCAAACCUAGUCAAGUACUCAACUGGCUCCUCUCCAUUCUAUGUAACUGUUGCUGAUUUCAACAAUGAUACGCGCUUGGAUAUCAUCGUCGCUAGUUCUGCUGAGAAUAAUGUGGGUGUGUUGCUUCAUUAUGCCAGAGCAUCUUUAGGAAAGGAAAUAAGAUUUGCAUCUGGUAUUGGUGCUCGUCUACAAGAUGUCGCCAUUGAUGAUUUCAACAACGACACAAUACUAGAUAUUGUCGUUGUUAAUCGUGGUACUAAUAAUAUAGGAGUGUUUCUCGGAUAUGGUAACGGAUCUUUCCUAGAGCAAGUGACAUAUUCAACAGGCUCAAAUUCUAAUCCAUAUUCCAUUACCGUUGGCGAUUUUAAUAAGGACGAUCAUCUCGAUUUUGCAGUGGCCAAUUCUGGAACUAACUAUAUUGAUAUACUUCUUGGAAGUGGAAACGGAGCAUUUGCACGUCAGAUACCUUAUGGACGUCAUUUGAAUUUCGUUCCCAUUGUUGUUGCUGCGGGGGAUUUCAACAAAGAUAGACAAUCAGACAUUGUUGUCGCAUAUAAUGACUCCGAAGAUGUUGAUGUAUUUUUUGCAUAUAAUACAGGAACUUUUAAAAAUCAAGCAAUCUAUUCGACUGAUUCUUUUCCAUCUUUGUUGGCUGUUGGCGAUUUUAAUAAAGACAUGCGACUUGAUAUUGUCGUUGUUAAUAUGUAUGGCCACCAUGUGAGCAUAUUUCUUGGUUACGGCAAUGGGUCUUUUGCAGAUCAAAUCAUAUACCCACUGGAUAUUUUGCCAUUUGAUAUCAGUGUUGGUGAUUUCAACAACGACGAUGAACUGGAUGUUAUUAUCACUUAUUCCGAGAACAGUUCUGUUGGCGUACUUUUUGGAUACGGCAAUGGUUCUUUUACAAAUCAAACGAUGUACUCAACUGACAUUUGGCCAUCUAAUAUAGCUGUCGGUGAUUUCAAUCACGACUCUCGAUUGGAUAUCGUCGUCAUUAAUUCUGAUAACGCUACUCUGAGUAUACUUCUAGGAUUUGGUAAUGGCUCUUUUACAAAUCAAAUUACAUAUUCAACUGGCUCUAGUCCAUCUUUUGUUACUGUUGGAGAUUUUAACAAUGACAAUCAACUUGAUAUCGUAUUCGUUAAUUCUAAUGAUCAUAAUAUCAGUGUAAUUCUCGGCUACGGCAAUGGCUAUUUUUCGAAUGCAACAUCGUAUGCAACUGGUUAUUCGCCACAUUCUGUGACUGUUGCUGACUUCAACAAUGACAAUCGACUGGAUAUUGCUGUGGAUGAUGCUAAUGGCAGCACUGUAAGCGUCUUUCUGGGAUAUGGCAACGGUUCUUUUGCAAAUCGAAUAACGUCUCCAACUCAUUCUUACUCAGUGUCUGUAAAAGUUGCUGACUUCAACAAGGAUACUUGCAUGGAUCUCGUCGUCCUUAAUUAUAAUGAUAAGAAUGUAGGUAUACUUCUUGGAUACGGUAACGGUUCUUUUGCAGAUCCAUUGACCUUUUCAACUGGAUCUUCUUCUGUAUCUAUAGCUGUCGGUGAUUUCAACAACGAUACUCAACCGGAUAUCGUCGUUGCGAAUUUUUAUGACAAUAAUAUCUGUGUAUUUGUCGGAGACUUUAACAUAGUUUUUAUAUACCAUACAACACUCACAACUGGUAAAGGGUCUCUUCCACGAUCAUUCAUCAUUGAUGAUUUUAACAAUGAUACUCAUAUGGACAUCGGCGUCGCAAAUUCAGGCACUAAUAAUGUGGGUAUUUUUCUUGGAUAUAGUAAUGGCUAUUUUACAGAUCAAACGAUAUAUCCAUCUGGCUCUUCUCCAUGGUCUAUAGCUGCGGGUGAUUUCAACAAUGAUACUCGACUGGAUAUAGUUGUGACUAAUUUUGAUGACAGCAAUAUAGGUGUACUUCUCGGAUAUGGUAAUGGCUCCUUUGCAAACCAAACAACAUAUUCAACUGGCUUCCAUUCUCAACCAUAUUCAGUCGCUGUUGGUGAUGUCAACAAUGAUACUUUACUGGACAUCAUCGUCACUAAUCAUGAUGCCAACAACGUUGUUGUAUUUCUUGGAUAUGGCAAUGGGUCAUUUACAGAUCCAAAAGUGUUUUCAGUCGAUUUCGAAUCUUUCCCAUCUUACCUUGUUCUCGGUGAUUUCAAUAAUGAUAAAAGACUGGAUUUUAUUGUCGCCAACGACGGUAGUGACAGUUUAAAAGUUAUGUUGCAGACUUGCUAA